CGGACCGAUUGACCAGCCGAUCGGUUCGGUGUGUGUGAACCGAUCGGUUCGGUGUGUGCACAAUGGACAUCAAAAAUAUUCCGGUCUUCAAGGCAUGUGGUUGUAUGUGCUGUAUUUUCUGGCUGAUUUUCACAAUCAUUGCUGUGAUCCUCUCAAUCACGUCUAUGGAACAAGGAAAAUAUGCAGUGCAGUUGAUCUGGCUUUCACAGAGUGUUCUUGAUGAGCCCGUCACCGAAGCUGGAUUGAAGUUUGUUGGUUUGGGCAACGCGCUCUUGGAAUAUCCUUCAACGUUCCAGACGAUGUACUUCACGACUACAACGCAGGGAGUGCAGGCCACCUCUGAAAGCGCCUUCCCGCCCAUCGUGAAGCCACCCAUCCGAGCCCGCUCAGCCGAUGGCCUGGAGAUGUACGUCACCAUCAGCUUUCAGUGGAAGUUGGAAGCACAGGCCCUGAUUGCUCUCUACAAAUUACUUGGAGAAGAUGGAUAUGACGACGCCUUUGUUCGCUUUGCGCGCGCGGCCAUCAUCAAUACCUGUUCCUAUUUCCCGGCUGACAUGUACUUCACGAACCGCACUCUGAUCACUGCAAGAAUGACGGAGGAUUUGGAAAGAAAUUUCCAGCUUCCUGAAAAAGGUUUGCAAUGCACAAUCCAAGGUCUCCAGUUGCAAGAGGUGGACUUGCCAGAUGAGUUUGACGUAGAGAUUGCCAACACCCAAACGCAGCUGCAGGAACUGGAAGUUGCAUAUGCUGAGAGGGUGGAGAGGGAAGUUGCCAUGCAAACUGAACUCCUGGUUUCCCAGCAGCAGGUCCUUCGGAUUUUGGAGACCCAGAGCGGUCAAGCUCGUGGUUUCCUGGAGCUCAACGAUGCGGAGGUGGAUCAGCAGCUGCUGUUUCAGCAGCGGCAGGCCGUCGCCAACAAUGAAAUUCUGCAAAUCUUCGAGAACGAUGCGCAGCCAUUUGAGAGGCUCUUUGACAUUAUGGAGAUUCGCAUGCUGGAGGAACACAAUGCGGACAACCUCAUGUUCAAUGUGCAAUGAGAAGAAAAUGAGUAGAAGAGCAGAAAGAACGCACCAGGUGUUACUACCGCACUCCGUGUGCUUUCUUUUGC